GAAGCUUCACUUCUCACACUUUCACUCCAGCAGCACUUCAUUCACCACCGCAGUAUUUCCUACCUAUCGUUUGCAGUAAUUAUGGCAUUUAUACCCAAAGCGCUUCUUCUGCUGCUGCUCGCGGUAGUUUACGUCCAGCUGGGACAAGUUCUGGCUAAAAUACCUGACCGGUGCCAGUGUGAAGAAUCAUCUCUCGUCAAUCGUGCUCGCAGGGACACCAUUAAAGAGUUUUAUAUUACCCCUAAAAGACCAAACUGCGACAAAAUUGAAAUCAUACUGACUCAAAAACCAGAGAACAAAACAACAGCAUCCGGCCAGCUCUGCUUGAAUCCACAAAAACAGCAGGGCCUGUUACUGCAGAACUGCUGGACAAGGUUAAACAUAAAUAACACUGACUCACUGAAGAUGUCUGUCUGUUGGCAAUGAAAAGAGAGCACAGGAGGUCAAGAGUGGGAAUUCUGGGGGGAAUUCUGCCAUGUCACAAGACCCAGCACCGGCCAAUCAGAGUCCAGGGAUUCUGAGCGAGGGCUUCAUGCAGCUGAAGACCUGAAAACACUCGGUUCACUGCCAGGAUCUGCAACAAACAGAUGUUCACAGAGAUCUGGAUUAGGAUUCGCUCGCUGUACACUGAAAAACAAAAAUGAUUCAUUAAAUUUACUCCGUUUUUUUAGGGUAAGUGGUUGCAAAGAGUUUAUACGGGCUGAAUUUAAACAAACAAAUAUGAUCAACUUCAUUUGUUUGUUUAAAUUCAGCCCAAAUAUAUUGAUGUGCAACCACUUAAGCUAAAAAACUGUAGUAAAUAGUGAAACACUGAAUGUAUAUCAUUACGCCACACAGUAUUUAAAGAACUGUAUUUAAAUAAGCUUAUUUAUUGUUCACCGUUUGUUACAUGAAAGAACUAUUUCGAUGUUAUAUUGGGGGGAUUCAUUAACCCAUCUGAUCAUGUUAUAGCAUUUUUUAUGACAUUUUUUACGACUUAAUUUUUUUAACAAUGUAAUUUUGUAUUGUUUUGUAAUAAAUUGCAUAAAACUACA